UGGCAGCAUGGUCAAGUUCAGGGUGAGAGCGUCCACCGGGGAGGCCUGCGGGGCUGGCACUUGGGACAAAGUGUCUGUCACCAUCGUGGGGACCCAGGGAGAAAGCCCCCCACUGCCCUUAGGCCACCUGGGCAAGAAGUUUACCGCGGGGUGCCGGGGAGAAGAGGCGGACUUCGAGGUGACCCUUCCGGAGGACGUGGGCCCAGUGCUGCUGCUUCGCGUGCACAAGGCGCCCCCGGCGCUGCUCCGCCCUCUCAGGACCCUGGCCCCCGGUCCCCGGGUUCUGUCCCUGGUUCCAGCUGGAGCAGCCGAGGGGCCGAGGGGCGCCCCGCUUCGAUUCCCCUGUUAUGAGUGCCUGGAGGGGACGGGGACCCUGGUGCUGCGGGAGGGCUCAGCCAAGGUCUCCUGGGCUGACCACCACCCUAUGCUGGAGAACCAGCUCCAGGAGGGGCUGCAGGCCAAGCAAAAGAUGUACCGCUGAAAGACCUACCUCACAGGCUGGCCUCACUGUCUGAACGAAGAGACUGUGAAAGAUCUGGACCUCAAUGUCAAACACUCUGUAAUCAAGAAAAUCAAGUUUUCCCUGAAACUGGGUUCUGGGUUUGCAGAGCUAAAACUCAAGGGGCUGCUGGACUGCAAAGGGCUUUGGAGGAGUCUGAGGGAGAUUAAAAGGAUGCUCAACUUCCAGAGUUCUCCAGAAGGUGAAUACCUAUUUAAACACUGGCAGGAGGACUCCUUCUGGGCCUCCCAUUUCCUGAAUGGCUUCAACCUUGUUCUGAUCGGCCGCUGUCAUUCACUGCCAAAGAACUUCGUCACCGAUGCCAUGGUGGCCCCAGUGCUGGGCCCUGGAACCAGUCUGCAAGCUGAGCUGGAAGUGGGCUCCCUGUUCUUGGUGGAUCACAGCAUCCUCUCUGGGAUCCAGACCAAUGUCAAUGGGAGGCCUCAGUUUUCAGCAGCCCCAAUGACCCUCGUACACCAGCACCCAGGAGGACCUUUGCUGCCCCUCUCCAUCCAGCUCAGCCAGACCCCUCGCUGGACCCAACAACCCAUCUUCCUGCCCAGUGAUGAGAAGUGGAACUGGCUGCUGGCCAAGACCUGGGUGCAUAAUGCUGAGUUCUCAGUGCAUGAGGCACUCACACACCUGCUGCAUGCACACCUGCUACCUGAGGUCUUCACCAUGGCCACACUGCAUCAGCUGCCCCACUGCUGCCCGCUCUUCAAGCUGCUGAUUCCACAUACAAGAUACACCCUGUACAUCAAAGCCCAAGAGCUGCUCAUUGCCCCUGGGCAGGUGGUGGACAGAUCCACAGGCCUUGGCAUUGGAGGCUUCUCUGAGCUGAUCCAGAGGAACAUGGAACAGCUGAACUAUUCAGUCCUGUGUCUACCUGAAGACCUCCAGGCCGGAGGAGUUGAAGACAUCCCAGGCUACUACUACCGAGAUGAUGGCCUGCAGAUCUGGGAGGCAGCGGAACACUUCAUCUCUGAGAUAAUUGGCAUCUACUACCGCGAUGCAUCUAUCCAAGAUGACUAAGAGCUCCAGGCUUGGGUGAGGGACAUCUUCUCCAACGGUUUCCUAGGAUAGGAGAGCUCAGGUAUUCCCUCUUCACCGGACACCCAGGAAGGCCUGGUGCAAUACAUCACCAUGAUAAUAUUCACCUGCUUGGCUAAGCAUGCAGCUGUCAGUUUAGGCCAGUUUGACUCCUGCGUUUGGAUGUCCAACCUGCUGCCCACCAUGCAGCUGCCACCACCCACUUCCGAAGGUCAGGCAAGGCCUGAGGGUUUCAUAGCCACCCUCCCCCCAGUCAGUGCCACAGGAGACAUCAUUAAUGCUCUCUGGAUGCUGAGCAAGGAGCCUGGUGACCAAGGGAGUACGGGGCUGGCAGCCAUGUAUCCAGAUGAGCACUUCACAGAGGAGGCCUCGCAACGGAGCAUCAUCACCUUCCAAAGCUGCCUGGCCCAGAUCUCCAGGGACAUCAAGGAGUGGAACCAGGGCCUGGCGCUGCCCUACACCUACCUAGACCCCGCUGCGAUGGGAAACAGCAUCACAGUGUAA